AUGAGUAUUUCCGGAAAAAAGCUUAUUUUCCUUCACAGUAUAUCAACUUCUUCGUUUUAGAUAAAAUGCAAUCUUGUUGCCGCCAUCAUUGCUCUGGCUUCUGGUAACUGUUAGGAAAAAUGGAGUGCGAUAGAGAAGAAGCUUACAGAGCCAAAGAAAUUGCAGAGAAAAAGUUAAUGGCGGGAGACAUGCAAGAAAGCUACAAACUCGCUCAGAAGGCAUACGAGCUCUAUCCUGCUCUGGAGGGAUUGUCUUCCAUGAUAACGGCAAUUGAAGUGCACCUUGCUGCUCACUCAAAACUUUAUUUAGGCUUCAUGGAUUGGUAUUCCAUUUUACAAGUAAGCUCCUCCUCUGAUCCCUCUCUUAUUAAGAACCAGUAUGAAAAGCUGGCCUUGUUACUGCAUCCCGACAAAAACAAGAGCGUAGGCGCCGAGAGAGCUUUCAAACUUAUCACCAAAGCAAGGACAGUUCUCUCGGAUAAAACCAGAAAGGCAAGCUAUGAUGUAAAGAUAAAAAGACAAGAAGGGAAGAGCUCUCCGUACAAACCAAAUGUGACUAAUCUGCCCCCAACCCCUACCACGACCACCUCCAUCUCCCUCAAAGUGAAUUCCACUCCCACUGCCAUCAUGCCAAAUAGCCUAAAUGUGAGUAAUUCCUCCGAUGCUCAGUAUCCUUUCACUUUCACAGGCACCGGCGAGACUUUGGAAAAGACUGCAAGUGUCAAUUCCUUCCCUGAAACUCCCUUGUACAAUGAUCACAUUUAUGACCAUGGCGAGGACACCCCAACUCCUCCAAACAAGAGCUUCAAUGAGCAGGAUAGUUCAAUUGCAAACACAAACUUAAACGUGACUAAUCUUCAGUCGUCCUACGGCCACAACAGCUCUGCAGCUUCCCAGUUGUCUACUGGAAAGAAACCCACCUUUUGGACUGUCUGUUCCUCUUGGCAAUUGCUGCAGGAGUGCCCACAGUCGCAGGAGAGACAAAGUAUUCAAUGUUCAGAUUGUAGGAGUCAGUUUGUGGCUUCGGAGGUUGCAACCAUAUCUGUAAAUGAUUACACCAAUGGCCUAAGCAUGAGGAGAAAAGAAGAAAAUGCCAGUGUCACGGAAGAAUAUGUGAUGAAUGGAAAUGAGGAUAAUGAGCCAAAGCAGAACUUCAUAAACCAUGCAGCAGACCAUUCUAAAAAGGCUAAAAGGGGAACUAAAAAAGGGAAAGGAAAGUCCAAAAAGAGAAGGAAAUUGGAUUUAGUCCCUUUUAAGGAGGAUCCUGAUGUGAAAAUCGUUGAUCCUCUUUCCUUGCAUGUGAGAGAUGCAGAUUUUCAUGACUUUGACCUGGACAGGGUAGAGUUUUGCUUUGAGGUAAAUCAAAUCUGGGCUAUAUAUGAUGAUGAUGGAAUGCCUCGUUAUUAUGCUCUCAUUAAUAAUGUUAUAUCCUUGCAUCCCUUCAAGGUGCAGAUGAGUUGGCUAGACAGAAUUGACAACAGCAACAAGGAUUUAAUUAAGUGGGCGAAUGCUGGAUUCUGA